CAAUCAAUGGAUGGUUGUUGAUUACAAUAAAUUUUCCCCUGGAUUGACACCUAAAACUGGACUAUUGGUAAUAUUAGAACAGUUACCUGGUCUGGUAGUAGCUGAAGAUAAAACUGAUUUGUUGACUACUCAGAUGUAUUGGCCCAGCUAUAAUGUUCCAUAUUUCAAGGAAAUCUUCAACACCAGUGGUUGUCCAGAAAACGUUGCUAAAUAUGGUGACUGGUUCACUUAUGAUAAGACUCCAAGAGCUCAGAUAUUCAGACGGGAUCAAUCCAAAGUCACUGAUUUGAAUUCCAUGAUUAAACUCAUGAGAUAUAAUGAUUACAAGCAUGAUAAAUAUUCUAAGUGUAACUGUACUCCACCAUACAGUGCUGAGAAUGCUAUAUCUGCAAGGUCAGACCUCAACCCAUCCUCUGGUACAUAUCCAUUUGCUGCACUUGGUCAGAGAUGUCAUGGCGGCACUGACAUGAAGUUGACCAACUAUGUAAUGCAUAAAGAUCUGUCAUUUGUUGCUAUCUCAGGUCCAACACAAGAUCAGCAACCUGUGUUUCAGUGGAGCACUUCACCAUACUUGGAUGUCCUCCAUCUUGGACACCCAGACAAAUUUGACUUUGGUCCAGUGCAAGUAAACUGGAAGAAUGACUAGCACCAUUUAUAUUAUCACCCACUUAUAGUUAUUCACUGAGUCUUCAGUAUCAGACAUGCAUAACAGUGUUUAUUUAGCAGUUUCAUGCAGAAAAAUUAUAUUUUGAGAAAACAAAUUACUUUACAAGAGACCUUAAUGGAACGUGACGAGACUUCCUUGAUCAUAUUUUGUACACACUGAUGAAGCAAGGCAAUAGAAUUUGUGUCAUCUUGGUAUUCAUUUGUAGAUUCCUAGACAUGUCUGAGAAGUAACAUAGCAAACUAUUGAAAAUGGCAAGCCAAAUUGUUUUGAUGUUUUAUUGGUAGGUACUUUUGAAGACCUCUGUCAAAUUUUUGUAAAUUUUCUAAAAAUAUUAAAUGGAAAAAGUUGUGCAAGUCAAAAUAAAAUAAAGGAAUAGAUAUUGAUCAAUAUUUUAUUGUAUUGAAUCUGAUAAUGUAUAACAUCACUAAUGAGAUAUCCUUAUAUACACAUGAGGUAAUUUUCGAAAUGAUCAGGGGUAUUUAGCUCUUGACCAAAAAUUUAAAAUUGCAUUUUCACUUUGUAUAUACCAUUCUAUGACCAAUACAUGUAUAUGGACUUUAAUAAUUCUAUGUAACGAUUAUUGUAUUAAACAUACUGAGAUCAGGUUCUGACA